AUGUCCUUCCAGCCGCAACUGGAGCGCGUCGCGCAGCUGCAGCAGCUGCCCGAGAACAGCGACAAGAACCUCGUGCCCGUGUACCUGGACGCCGUGGCCGACCUGGACACGCCCGUGAGCGUGCUGCUCAAGCUGCGCGAGGGCCAGACGCACUCGUUCCUGCUCGAGUCCGUGGCGCCCGGCGAGAAGAUCGCGCGCUACUCGUUCAUCGGCGCCGGCCCGCUCAAGGUGGUGGCCACGGGCCCCGGUCAGAGCUUCGAGGGCGACCCGCUCGUGAACCUGGAGAAGGAGAUGCAGCAGUUCCGCACCGUGACGCUGCCCGAGCUCAGCGUGCCCAUGACGGGCGGCGCCGUGGGCUACUGCGGCUUCGACGCCAUCCGCCACUUCGAGCCCAAGAUCGCGCCCUACGUGGACGCCCAGAAGGACGUGCUCAAGGUGCCCGAGAGCAUCUACAUGUUCUUCGACACGGUCGUAAUCUUCGACCACGUGUUCCACUCGCUCAAGAUCGUGUCGCACUGCCGCCUGGACACGGGCGACCUGGCCGCGGCCUACAAGGAGGCCACGGACAAGAUCCUGGCCGUGAACGCGGCGCUCGAGAGGCUCCUGGUGCGCACGUCCAACGUGGCGCACGCCAGCGCGCCCACCACGUCCAAGAUCGACCUGGAGGCGGCCUCCAACGUCGGCCGGGCCGGCUACAUGGGCUUCGUAGACAAGCUCAAGGAGCACAUUGUGGACGGCGACAUCUUCCAGGCCGUGCCGUCCCAGCGGCUGGCUGUGGACCUCCCGAAGGACGUCACCCCGCUGGAUCUGUACCGCCAGAUGCGCGCCAUCAACCCGUCGCCGUACAUGUUCUUCCUCGACAUGGGCGAGGACUUCCAGAUCGUCGGCGCUUCCCCCGAGAUGCUCGUCAAGGUGGACCAUGACCGUGUCGUCGAGACGCACCCGAUUGCCGGUACACGCCACCGUGGCGCCAAUGACGAGGAGGACGAGGCACUGGUGAAGGACCUGCUCGCGGACGAGAAGGAGCGCGCCGAGCACAUCAUGCUGGUGGACCUGGGCCGCAACGACGUCGGCCGCGUGGCCAAGCCGGGAUCCGUCCGGGUGGAGCGCCUCAUGCAGAUUGAGAAGUACUCGCACGUGAUGCACAUCGUGUCCGUGGUCAAGGGCGACCUGCGCGAGGACCGGACCGUGUACGACGCCUACCGCGCCAUGUUCCCUGCCGGCACGCUGUCCGGCGCCCCUAAGGUGCGUGCGAUGGAGCUCAUCUGCUCGCUGGAGACGGAGCGACGCGGCGUGUACUCGGGCUCCGUGGGCUACUUCAGUUUCUCCGGGUUCCUGGACACGGCCAUCGCCAUCCGCACCAUGGUGGUCAAGGACGGCAAGGUCUACUCGCAGGCGGGCGGCGGCAUCGUGUACGACUCGGACCCGCAGGCCGAGUACAUGGAGACGGUCAACAAGCUGGGCUCGGCCGUCAAGACGCUCGAGAAGUGCGCCGCGCACAUGACGCCGUCGGCGGAGUAG